AUGGGUGAUUUCAUCGAAUUGGCUGAAGAUGGAGAAUCAGCGUCUCAACGAAUUGCAGAAGCUUUGAAAGAUGCGAGAGAAGGAACUACUUUUGACGCAAAAAUAAAGUCUCUUGCUUGUGUGAGUUGUUUUCACCAAUUUUCAAAAAAAUUUCUGAAUAUUUUUUCAGGCAAUGCAUAUUCUUGUUGAUCCAACACGUCCAAAUCAUCUUCUUGACAAUUUUUUAGUUGAAAUGCUCGAGUUUUCGGAAAUCGGCGAAGCACGGAUAAUUUGUCUAAUUGUUGAUUUUCUACAAAAAGCUUGCGCGAAAGAUCCAACACUUUGUUCUCGGGCUGUCGAAAAAUACAGUACAUUUUUGACGCCAAAUGCGGAGAUUGAAAAAUAUUAUCGAGUUAUUAAACGGGUUAUUGUAGCAUGCACCAAUUUGUAUCCGAUUAUUCUUGAAUACGGUAUAAAUCAUGCAAAUGAUACGAAAGCUGAAAUUUGCUGGGAAGCUUUUUGUGUUCUGAAAACUAGAAUAACUUGUUUGGUGGAUUGUGAUAAUGAUGGUAUUCGCACGGUUACUAUUAAAUUUAUAGAAGCUAUGAUUUUAUGUCAAUCACCGAAACCGAAAGAUGUAAGAUUUUCUUAUUUUUGAAAUAAAUUUCAUCAUUAGAUUUUCCUUUAGAUUGCUCCCGAUCAACAACCUGAUCAAUAUACAAGAUUCAAUAAAAUAUCUUUGGCUGAUAUUCCACGUGGUCAUAGAUUCUUAUCAUAUCGAAAAACACAAUUAGAAGCUGAAGAAAAUUUCACAGCUCUAAUUAAACAUACAACAUUGGCACAUAUAACUGCACAAAACCUUUUAACUGUAAUCGAUUCUCUUUGUUUGAUAACAAGAUGUCGUCCUCAAUGGGAAAAUGCUUUGAUUCGAGUUUUUGAUGCAAUGAAAGCACUUCAUUCGAAUGUUCCACCAACUUUAUCUGCUGGACAAGUAAAAGCACUUCGGAAGGAAAUCAAGAGAAACUUUAUGCGAUUUUUACGUUUAUCUGCAGCUCAACCACUUCAACUCAAAAUUAAAUCACAAUUAAUUGAUUAUUUUGGAGCAAGUCCGAAUGAAGUUAUGCGAGCAAUUCCAGCACAUUUAGUUUUGAAACCAACACCGAAAGUUGAUAGUCAAAGAUCGCAAUUUGUUGAACCAGCGGCGAAAAAAGCGAAAUUACAAGGAUCUACAUUAUUUCAAGAUGAUGAUGAUGAAGAAGAGGAAUCUGCUGCUUUGACAGGUGUUCCUGCUCCAUCAGAAGCUGCUCGAACAAAAGAUACUUUAACAUCAGCAAUUGAUACAACAGCACAAUAUGUAUUUGAGCGACUAAAUCCUCCAAUUGUUACAAAUCUUGUUCUGAUUGCACUUUUAACACUUCCUGAUGAAAUGCCUCCAUCUUUUGCUUCAAGUUAUACACCAAUUGAUAAAGCUGGAACAGAAGAACAAAUCAGAGAAGUAUCUCGAAUGAUUGCAACACAAGCAACACAAAAAGAAAUUGGACCAGGAUAUGAAGAAAUGAAAAAAAUCAAAGAGAAACAAUUUCGAGAAAGACAAGAUGCGAGAAGGGAGGGAAUGGCGAUUGCAGCAACUCCAAUUCAUCAUCCAAAUACAUCUGCGACGAAAGUUACUCAACCAAUUCAACCAAAAAUGAAAGCGCCAGUUUUAAAAUCUAAAAAAGCUUUUAAUUUGAUUGAGGAUACGAAAGAAUUAUCACUUGAAGAUAUGGAUGAAUUAUUUGAAAUUGCAUUUGAAUCUGUUUUGAUGGCUGAAAGUAAGUGAAUUUUGAAAAAAAAACAAAAGAUUUCAUACAUAAAAAUUUUUUAGGAAGAGUAGUUCAAGGUGGAGCCACGGAAAAAUAUCAACAAUUAGUUGUUCGAUUGACAUCUCGAUUUAAAGAAGAAUGUAGUUAUUAUGAAGAUAAAUUAGUCAAAUUUAUUGCGGAUGAUCAUAAAAAACGAACGGAUUUGGCACUUUUAUGGAUUUGUGAAAUGUAUGCACAAUAUCAAGGGUUUUCGUAUUGUUCAUUAUGGCUCAAGGAAUAUAUUAGUGGAGAAGAUGGAAUGACAAAAGAAGCGAGAUAUGAUAGAUAUGAUAGAGUUUGUUGUAAAUUAUUGAAUGAAUUAGUCAAAAGGAAUUUACAAACUGAAACGUAGGUUUUGCGAAACAUUUUCAAAUUCGAAUUUUAUCACAAAAAUUUCAGAUUGUUCUUCAAAAUUUUAUUGGAAUCUCCUCUUGUUACACCAAAUGCUUUCGAAUUUCUCAAAGCUAUUUGCUUGAAUGCUGUAAGUCUUUUGGUUUUUUUUUCUCAUUUUCCACCUUUUUUUUGAUAUAGGAAACAAAUGCGGAUGGUAUGGCUGUUUUACGUGAACUGAUUUUGACUAGAAAUCGACAAAGACCUGAAUUCUUGCAAUUCUUUUUUGGAUUAUGCUUCAUGGAUCGAGUUGAGGUAAUUAGAAACUUUUUUUUUCGGAACUUUCUCUCUCAAAAAAAAAUUAUUAUUCAGCUUCGAAAUUCUUGCAUUGAAACAACAAAAGAGCUGUGUAAUCUCGCGCAUAUUCGAACUGCUUUAAGUGAAAGAGCUGUUCAUCAAAUAAAGGAUUGUUUGGAAAGAAUUCCACCAGAUUAUAUUCAAAUACCUGGAAAAAUGACUGAUAUUUGGACUGAAGAUAUGUUCAAAUCAGCUCUUGUUAUUUAUACAACAAUUAUGCCGUAUGAUUCUUCGCUUUUAUUGCCAUUAGGAAAUGUAUAUGCACUUGGAACUACUGUAUUCAAAAAGGUUAGUCAUUAUUUUGAAAAAUGACGUGGCAAAUAUGGAAAUAUCGAAGCUAAUUAUUGAAAUCUCAAGUUUGCCACGUCAUAACCCUUGUUCGGAGUUACUCGAAGUUUUUUUUUCAAAAAAUGCUUCAAAGAAAACCAGAAAAAUUUACGAUUCAAAUUUUUUUAAACAGUGAAUUUUCAAUGGACGGUUUAUUUCGGAAUUCCGAAAAUUGAACAUUUUCUCAAUAAAAAUCUUGAAAUUUUCGUCUUUCCAAUUAUUCUGAACUUGAAUUUUUUUCAAAAAAAUUAAAAAAAAAAAAGUUUCACUGGAAUCGUCUAAAAUUCGAAAAAAAGUUCAGGUUGUUCUUCGUUCAAUUGAACCAGUAAUGCGACUAAUUGGAAUGAAAGAUGAACAAGUUCUUCGAUUAAUUGAAGAAUGUCCACCUGGAGCAGAAACCCUUGUUGCACGAAUUGUUCAUUUGUUGACCGAAAGAGCUCCAGCAACACCAGAACUCGUUGCACGCGCCAAAAAAUUGCAUGAUGAAAGACAUAUGGAUAUACGUGCAUUGAUACCAAUUAUUGGUGGAUUAACAAGAGAUGAAGUUGUUCGACUCAUUCCUCAAUUCGUAUUACGAUCAGAAUAUCAGAAAUCGGUUCAACUUGUGUUUCGAAGAUUGUAUAAUGCGAGAGAUUUACAAACUGGAGAAUUGAGUUUUGAUCCGAUUGAUUUAAUUAAAGAAUAUCAUUUAAUUGAACCAAAAGAUGAUAUUGAAAAAGAAUAUCAUAUUAAUAGUAAGUUUUUCUUGAAUUUUUGAAAAAAUACACACUUACAUUCAGAUUUGAUUGAUUUAUUCGAUAUUCGAUUUGUCAAAAAAGAUGCAGCAUCACAAGCAAUUGAAGCUAUUUUUGAAAUAUCACCACUUCCAUAUUUAUUUCUUUAUUCACUUUGUAUUUUGGUCGACAAAGUAAGUUUUUCUUCUUUUUUUUUGGGAAAAAAUAUCGAAUUUUCAGUUUUCUUCAUUUGAAAGUUUUGUGUCAACUUUACUUCAAAAAGUGGCUGAAAGGAAACUUUGGCAACAAAAUGAUAGAACGAAACAGGCAUUUUUCAAAGCUGUAAGAAAAUUGAAAACCACUGCUUAUGGAGUAAGUUUUUGACAUAUUUCGGGAUUCACAAUCAGUAUUCAUUUAUUUUUAGGCUGUUUUGACGUGCCUCACUUUUGAUGAAUAUUGCGAACUGAAAAGCAAUCUUGGAACGAGUUUCAUCGACGAACUUAAGGAAUUUUUCCCAACUUUGUCAACUUCACAACAGAAAAGUGUCGAGUUAGUUUUUUCCGGGAAUUUUUGGAUCUAAAUGGAAAAGGGGGAUUUUGAAAACUCUAUGCUCUCAGAUAUCAAAUAUUUUCACAAUUCAUAAAAUUGAAGAGUAAGAUUCCGAUUAGGCUCGAAAUUCUGGACCCUAGCUAUUUCUAAAAGAAACUUUUAGAAAUUAGUUCAAGCUUUUAAAAAUAAAGUCUCCUGAACCCCAGAGCCAAUUGUUCUUGUUGAAUAUUGAUUAUGUUAUUUUUCAGUGAGAAAAUCAAAGAAGAAGUGUAUGAUAAAGAAAAAGAAAGUCGAGAUCGAAAAAGUCGAAAAGAGGAAAAAAAUCGUGGAACUGAAAAAGAACGAGGAGAAAAAGAAAAACGAGAAAAAGAUUCGGAUAGAAGUCGAAGAAAAACAAAAGCACCCUAA